GCCGCCACAGCCGGACGCGUGUGUCGUGGAGCUCGGCGCCGCCUCAGCCCGCCGCCCGCCGCCCCUCGGCGCGACCCCCGGCCCUGCGCCUUCCCCGGCCGGUCGCCGCGCGGGUUUGCGUGGAAGCGCCGGCCGACUCGUCUCCAGUUUCCGUCGGUGAUCGCCGAUGCUCUGCCUCUGAGCGCCGGGUCCCCAGAGCAGAGCCUUCGGGGACACCCCGCCGCCGCCGAUCCGGAAAGACGAAAACUCUCCAGAUGUCUUCUAGUAAUGUCGAAGUUUUUAUCCCAGUGUCACAAAGUGACACCAAUGGCCUACCCAGGUCAACCUCCAACGACCUGAAGACAAUCAGUGAAGGAGCGGUAUUAAGUUUUCAUAACAUCUGCUAUCGAGUAAAAGUGAAGAGUGGCUUUCUAUGUGGUCGAAAAACAGUUGAAAAAGACAUACUGUCAAAUAUCAGUGGGAUCAUGAAACCUGGCCUCAAUGCCAUUCUGGGACCCACAGGUGGAGGCAAAUCUUCGUUAUUAGAUGUCUUAGCUGCAAGGAAAGAUCCACAUGGAUUAUUUGGAGAUGUUUUGAUAAAUGGAGCUCCUCGACCUGCCAAUUUCAAAUGUAAUUCAGGUUAUGUGGUACAAGAUGACAUCGUGAUGGGCACUCUGACGGUGAGAGAAAAUUUACAGUUCUCGGCAGCUCUGCGACUUCCAACAACUAUGCCGAAUCAUGAAAAAAAUGAACGGAUUAACAAGGUCAUUCAAGAAUUAGGUCUGAAUAAAGUGGCAGAUUCUAAGGUUGGAACUCAGUUUAUCCGUGGUGUGUCUGGAGGAGAAAGAAAAAGGACGAGUAUAGGAAUGGAGCUGAUUACUGAUCCUUCCAUCUUGUUCCUGGAUGAGCCCACAACUGGCUUAGACUCGAGCACAGCAAACGCUGUCCUUUUGCUGCUGAAAAGGAUGUCUAAGCACGGACGAACAAUCAUCUUCUCCAUUCAUCAGCCUCGAUAUUCCAUCUUCAAGUUGUUUGAUAGCCUCACCUUGUUGGCCUCAGGAAGACUAAUGUUCCAUGGGCCUGCUCAGGAGGCCCUGGGGUACUUUGCAUCAGUGGGUUACCAGUGUGAGCCCUACAAUAACCCCGCAGACUUCUUCCUGGACAUCAUUAACGGAGAUUCGACUGCGGUGACAUUAAACAGAGAAGAAAACAACCAUGACGCCGCAGAGACCAUAGAGCUGCCCAAGGGAGAGAUGCCACUCAUAGAAAAAUUAGCUGAGUUUUAUGUCAACUCGUCCUUAUGUAGAGAAACAAAGGCUGAAUUAGAUCAACUCUCGGGGACUCAGAAAAGGAAGAAGAGCCCAGCCUUCAAGGACAUCACUUAUGCCACCUCCUUCUGUCAUCAACUCAAAUGGGUUUCCAGGCGUUCAUUCAAAAACUUACUGGGUAAUCCCCAGGCCUCUGUAGCUCAGAUAAUUAUCACAAUCAUACUGGGACUGGUCAUAGGUGCCAUUUACUUUGGGCUAGAAAAUGAUACUGCUGGAAUCCAGAAUAGAGCUGGGGUUCUCUUCUUCCUGACCACCAACCAGUGUUUCACCAGCGUGUCGGCCGUGGAGCUGUUUGUGGUCGAGAAGAAGCUUUUCAUACAUGAAUAUAUCAGUGGAUACUACAGAGUGUCAUCUUAUUUCUUCGGAAAACUGUUAUCUGAUUUACUACCCAUGAGGAUGUUACCGAGUAUUAUAUUUACCUGUGUAACAUACUUCAUGUUAGGAUUGAAGUCAGAGGCGGGUGCCUUCUUUAUCAUGAUGUUUACCCUUAUUCUGGUGGCCUAUGCGGCCAGUUCCAUGGCGCUGGCCGUAGCAGCGGGUCAGAGUGUGGUCGCCCUAGCGACGCUUCUCGUGACCAUCUGUUUUGUGUUUAUGAUGAUUUUUUCGGGUCUGUUGGUAAAUCUCACAACCAUUGCUUCUUGGCUCUCGUGGCUCCAGUACUUCAGCAUUCCUCGAUACGGCUUCACGGCUUUGCAGCAUAAUGAAUUUUUGGGACUAAACUUCUGCCCAGGACUCAAUACAACAGUAUUGAGUAACGAUUCCUGUAGCUAUGCAACGUGCACCGGAGAAGAAUAUCUGGAGAGUCAAGGCAUCGAUCUCUCACCGUGGGGCUUGUGGAAGAAUCACGUGGCCUUGGCUUGUCUGAUCGUUAUCUUCCUCACAAUUGCCUACCUAAAAUUGUUAUUUCUUAAAAAAUAUUCUUAAAGUCCCUUUUCAUGUACUAGGAUUUAUCCUCACAUAAAAAAGGAGCACCUUGAUU